UUUCUGCGAACCAAUUUGUCAGUAAAAUGAGUGCCGGGGAAACAUUGGUCUUUAAACCAUGGGCAUGGGCGGUCUUCAUUCUGGCAGUCCUCAUGGCUGGGUUGUGGGCGGGACACGAUAAACUUGUCGAACCAAGAAAGCUCGCUACUACUGACAGGCCAGGUUCAAUAAGCAUUGAUUGUGGGGUGAAUGAAGAUUAUAUGGAUGAGCAAAGUGGAAUCCAUUACGAGUCAGAUUCGGAAUUCGUUACAGCUGGACUGAAUAACGUGGUAUCCCCACAAUACAUACUGGACAAUCCUCAACUUGGGCCGAUGCUUAAAACCUUGAGAAGUUUUCCAGAGGGAAAUAAGAGCUGUUAUCACCUUAAACCUGAACAAGGCAAGGGCCACCACUACAUGUUCAGAGCCUUCUUCCUUUAUGGAAAUUAUGAUGGCCUUCAACAACCCCCUACGUUUGACCUAUACCUCGGCGUGAAUUUUUGGGCAAAUGUGAAAUUAGAUAUCGACGGAACGUCCUGGGACUACGAAAUCAUUCAGUUUUUAAGCACCGAUACAAUAGAUGUCUGCUUGGUGAAUAAUGACUCCGGUAUUCCAAUCAUUUCUGGGUUGGAACUUCGGCUUUUGAAGGACUCCAUUUACCAGAUUGAAUCAAAAGCACUCUUAUUACAAUUCCGUUAUGACGUCAUGCGCGGCUAUUAUUGGUCCAGAUACAAAGAUGAUGUUUAUGAUCGUCCCUGGGAUCAUUUCACUUUUUCUAAAGCGCGCUUAAUCCAAACGAGGGCAAACAUGGAUAUCCAAGUCAAUAACAGUAAUUACGGAAUUCCAAUGGAGAUUUUGGGAACGGCUGCACAACCACUGAAUCACUGGGAUUCAUUGAAAUAUUCACAACAUAACCUUGGUUGGGAUCUAUACGUCUACUUCCAUUUUGCUGAGAUUGUAAAUACCACAGAAGAUCAACGACGAGAAAUUAGCAUUACAUUGAAUGAUGUGAAGUUGACCCCAAUUACUCUUGAAUACUUAAAAACACUAAGCGUAGGACCUCAGAACAUUUCAAGUGAUGGAUUUGUGAACUUUUCAAUUAAUGCAACGGCAGAGUCUACUCUUCCACCCCUUCUCAAUGCCUUUGAGGUUUAUGCGGCUGCUUCUUUCCUGGAAUCACCAACGUACCUUGUCGAUGGUACCUACACAGUCUCCAACCCACCCCGUGAAUCGGCUGCUCGCGCCAGCUCAGCACAGUUUAACGGAGAAUUUCUACGGCCUUUCUCUUGUCUUCCCUUUCAGUUACUUCUCUAAUCCUUCUCAAAU